GUCCAAGGAAAACACUACACCACAAUAAAAAGUCGAGUCAGUUCCAGCAUGCCGUUUGGCUGAGAAAAGUACACAGAUGUCUUUGCUGCGUGUAUUGUUAGGAAGAACGGCGAAACCGUCGCUGGGAGCUCUUCGUUUUUACUCGCUCACGGCGGGCCAAAAACGGAUGAUUCAAGCUCCUUUGGAGGAAUGUGAUCCAGAAAUGUCUCGCAUUCUCAAGUCAGAGGAAGCCCGCCAAAAACAAUCCAUCGCUCUUAUCGCUUCUGAGAACUUCACUUCUCGUGCUGUCAUGGAUGCCCUUGGAAGUAUUAUGCAAAACAAGUACUCAGAGGGUUAUCCCGGUGCUCGUUACUAUGGCGGAAACGAGUUCAUUGACCAGGGCGAGCGUUUGUGCCAAAAGAGAGCACUCGAGGCCUACCGUUUGGACCCAGAACAAUGGGGCGUCAAUGUGCAACCCCAUUCUGGCUCUCCCGCCAAUCUCCAAGUGUACCAAGCCGUGUUGAAACCCCACGAGCGUCUUAUGGGUCUUGACUUGCCUCACGGAGGUCACUUGUCUCAUGGAUUCUCCACUCCUCAAAAGGCUAUUUCUGCAGUCUCUACAUACUUCACGACCAUGCCUUACCGCGUGAACCCAAGCACCGGCAUCAUCGACUACGACACGCUGGAGCAAGACGUGCAGUUGUUCCGCCCCAAGGUUAUCGUGGCCGGUGCCAGUGCCUACGCUCGUCUGAUCGACUACGAGCGUAUGAGAAAGAUCGCCGACAGUGUCAACGCUUACCUUAUGUCCGAUAUGGCACAUAUUUCCGGUUUGGUUGCUGCUGGUGUAAUUCCUUCUCCAUUCGAAUACUCUGAUAUCGUGACGACUACUACACACAAGUCGCUUCGUGGUCCUCGUGGUGCCAUGAUCUUCUACCGUCGUGGUGUCCGCAAGCACGACAAGAAGGGCAACGCUGUCAUGUACGACUUGGAAGAUAAAAUUAAUUUCUCCGUCUUUCCCGGUCAUCAAGGUGGUCCUCACAACCAUACUAUCUCGGCUUUGGCUGUCGCCCUCGGUCAAGCAAAGACACCCGAGUUCCGUGCUUAUCAAGAAAGCGUGCUGCGCAACGCAAAGGCCCUCGAGAGAGCGUUCCUUGCACGCAAUUACGAACUCGUUUCUGGCGGCACCGACACACAUCUUGUCUUGGUUAACUUGACCAGCAAGGGCAUUGAUGGCGCUCGUGUGGAGCGUGUGCUAGAAUUGAUUAAUAUCUCUGCCAACAAGAACACCGUUCCCGGCGACAAGUCUGCCCUCAUUCCUCACGGACUUCGUCUCGGUACACCCGCUUGCACAACCCGCGGCUUCAAUGAGCAAGAUUUUGAACGCGUUGUUGACUAUAUUGACCAAGCCGUUGCUCUGACCAAGCAAAUUAACGCGGAUGCUAAGAAAACCGGAAAGAACAAACUGAGUGACUUCAAGCAGUUCCUCGGCGAUGGCUCUCAAUACCCCGAAAUCCAACGUCUCAAAUCUGAAAUUGGCAGCUGGGCUAGCGGUUUUGAAUUCCCCAUUUAGAUAGUGAAAGAUCCACUGUGUGUUAUGUAAUAACUUUCUUGGGGACAACUCAAAAACACAUAAUAUUAAAAGAGGCGACGCACGCCGAAACUCCCAGAGGCAUGUGUGUACGAAGCGCAAAAAAGUUUUCAGUUAGCAAAUGGUUGCAAGCGUGUAAUGUAGAACGAUAAAACGAAGGCGAGAAUGUUAUCUCAUAAAGAAUGAAGAAGAAAGAAAAACGAGAACUAGCCUGAAGCUGAGGACUCUGUCUGUCAUGGGUAAAAAAAUAUGCAUAUGAGCUCCGUUUAAGAGGACAACGCUUCUUUCUUUCCGAAAGAAAUUACGUGACAAUGAUUAUUCGUUUCUGCUACUAACAGCAUUGGCCAGAAGACUUGCUUUUUCCAGAGUCACCAAUGGUAGGAGCGAUGUUAAGCGUUUGUCCAGCCGAAGGAUGAGCACCCUCGUCUCCGCCCUCCAUUGCUCUGUUUGAAACGAUGCGGAAGAUCUCUGUAAUCGAUAGUUAGCUCAUGGCGAUAUUCAAGGACCGGAAACCGGAGGAUGCCACUUUGAAAGCAAGAACCUCAGGCGUCAAAGCACAUGCCGAAGGCACUUUAUUGAGGUUUCCCGCCCUCAAAGAAGCUCCACCGCAUUCCCUCUUUAGUCAUACCUGUCAACACAGUUUGGAAUGCCUCCUCAACGUUGCUAGCAUCCAUGGCAGAGGUCUCAAUGAAGGAAAGGUUAUUUUCAGCUACUCUUGUCAGUAUCAAAACCGCACGCAUGGACUUUUGUCUGUCACACAUACCGGCAAAAGCUUGUGCUUCUUCCGUUGAGACAGCGCGAAGGUGGAGCAAAUCAGUCUUGUUACCAACAAGCAUAAUCACAAUGUUGGAGUCUGCGUGAUCGCGAAGCUCCUUCAACCAACGGCCAACAUUGUCGAAGGAAGAUUGCUUUGUGAUAUCAUACACGAUCAACGCACCGACAGCACCUCGGUAGUAAGCUGAAGUGAUGGCUCUGUAGCGUUCUUGACCGGCCGUGUCCCAAAUCUGGGCCUUGAUCUUCUUGUUGUCAAGAACAAUAUUUCUCGUAGCAAAUUCCACGCCAAUAGUACUCUUGCUCUCGAUAUUAAACUCGUUACGAGUAAAACGCAUUAACAGGUUUGACUUUCCGACACCACUGUCUCCGAUAAGCACUGUCUUAAAGAGGUAAUCAUAUUCGUCUUCUUGACUCAUUUCGUUCCUUUAAAAAAUCGCGA